UUAGUUUCUGCUGCUUUUGCAAACAUCACAUCACUUUCGUGCAGUGUCCAACUCCAAGCAUUCAGUCAGUUUUCGAUUCGACUUCACAUUAAAGUAGAAUUUCUCUGCACAGAAAAUUAAAAUAAAACAAAAAUUAAAACAAAAUAUUUUGUCAUCAACCCAGAUACCAGUAAUAUAUACAAUAUACAAUUUAUUUUACUUUAUUAUGAUUUUUGUGUGUUUUCGAGAAUAAUGAUGUUAUUGGUUAUAUAAACGUUUCGAAUUAAUUCAAUACAAUACAAAAAGAAAAAAAAACCUAAUACCUACAACCUACCUGCCUACUUCAAAAGUUAACAAAAAAAAACAAAAAAAAAAUAAAAUAUUCAAUUAAAUAAAAUAUCAGAACGAUUUUAUUGUGUGUAUCUAUCUAUCUAUCUGCCUGUAUAAUAAAAAGUAUCUUUUACAAAAACAUACACACUUUAUUGAGAGUAUACUUAUCGUCGCAGAGUGUAUAUUUUUCGUCGUCUUCUCGCUCGCAUUCCUACUUUACCUUUUUUUUAUUAUUUUUUUUGAUAAAUUAUUUUGUUUAAAUUUAAAUUAAAAAUACAAAAUCAAAGGAAAGAAAAGUUUUUCUUUAUUUUUCUAUUCUUCUGUUGGCUCUAAUUAAAUUUAUUCUCAGUGUCAACCACGAACGCAUAUACUAUCUUAAAAAGCAACAAAAAUAUAUAAGUAUCUAUCUAGCUGUAGAUAUAGUUAUAGCUAUCUAGAUACAUAAUGAAGUGAGCUACUGUGUGCAUUUGUAUAGUGUGUAAUGCUAUAAUGAAGCCUAGUGCCCUACAAAUGGUUCUCUUUUCGAAAAUAGUUCAACACUGCUAAGUUCGUUCUUGUCGUCGUCGUUCUAUCGGGUGAUGAAAAAGUAUAUUUUUUGUAUAUAUUUUUGAGAACACAGAAGAAGACACUUGUGAAGAAGAAAAUUUCGAGACAUAGUACGCAUUUUAGCUUCAACUAGAGGCAGCAGUUUGUGUGUGUCAAGAUAUAUUCCAAAAACGUAAAAAAAUUUAAAAAAAAUUGAUAUUCAAAACACAAAAUAUAAAAAAUAGAACUUUCCUAUCUUCAAAAAAAAAAAACAACAUUUCUAUCUGUUUAUUGAUUUUUAUGUUUUGCUCUUAAAUCAACGCCAAAAAUUUAUUAUAAAACAACUAAAAUUUUCAGUACCUACAACAACGAUAUUUGUUUCUGUUUUUCCAGGUGUAUUUUAGAAGAAGUUACUAUGUAAAACGUAACAUUUAGAUAACAAGAAAAUUAAAAUACAAAUUCAAAAAUUCAAGAUCGAAUCAAAUCAAAUCUAAUUCAAAACAUACAAAAUAAAUGGAUUAAUAGUGCAAUUUAUGUUUAAAAUACACACAAUAUCGCAAAAAGAAACAUUCCCACAUAGUUUGUUUUUCGUUCGAUCGUUUUACAUAUAAAUAAAAAAAAUAUAUAUAUAUAUCAAUCAAUCGUGUGUCAGUUUGGACAAAGAACAAAAGUUUUUAAGAAAAAUUCCGGGAAAACGCUGUGAUUUCGUCACUCAUAUAAAUGAACUGAAAAAAGAAACCAAAGGACUCGAAGAAAAUAAAAAAUAAGAAAAAAAAGAAAAAAUUCAAACAAAUGUACUAUUGCCACGAAACACAAACAAAUAACAAUAACUACAACAACAACAACAAUAAUAGCAAUUUAUUUCUUAAAAACCUACAACAACAAAAACAGUUUCAUUACAACAAUAUUAACAUCGAAUCCAUUGCAACUACGGAAUUGCACAAAAAUCUAUCAUCACCACCAACCACUCAACCUCAAAAUCAAAAUCAACCUCAACCACAACAAUUAUCAUUUUGUGCAGGAGUAAUUAAAGAAUAUAAUAAUAAUAAUCAUAAAAGCACAUCGUUUGAUAUCAUUGAGGAUAAUGAUGUUGAUAAUUUGGAUCUUAACUUUGAAUUGUUAAAUUUAAAAAGUUGCAACUAUUUGCCAUCAUCGUCAUCGACACUGAACCAUUAUAAUCAUAACGCCGGAGAAAAUUCUCAAUUAAGCCACCGGAAUAUUAGCAAAGAUGCAAACGCAAGCAAUAAUCUAAACCAACUAUCGCAACAAGAAUCUUUUUCGCCUACAUUGAUAUCUCUUAAUAAUAAUAAUAAUCAAAAUCAAAAUAAUAUAAAUAUUAAUUUAAAUUCAAAUUCAAAUCGUUCAUUGCAUUCCGUGAGUUGUACAUCAUCACCCAUUACAACAGAACACAAAAACUAUCAAAAACAAUCAUUUAAUAUCACAACCACUGAAAUUUCCACUCCCAAUCCCACAACCAAUAUAAAUACCACUUUCACAAGUCCAAACAAAAACAUAAACAACAACAACAACAACAACAACAACAAAAACGCUGCUGCUGCUGUUGAUGUCGCAAAAUUUGUUGAAAACUUUGAUAAUGUCAAUAAUUGCAAAAGUUUUGAUUUAAACUUUAGAAGUAAGACUAAUAAUACGUCAGUCACACCAUUAUUAAUUAAUUAUAGCUACAAAAAUUGCAUUAAUAAUUAUAAUCAACCACAACCACCUACGUCACAAACGUCACAACUGUCACCACCACAACCACAACCACCACUACCACAAACACCACCACUAUCAUCAAUAGUAUCGUCGUCGCUACAAAAUUUACCAUCGCAAUCGUCCAUUCACAAUUUAUACGGCAGCCAAAUUAAUAAUAGUUUUAACUUCAAUCGUCAUAGCACAACGUCAUCAUCAACUUCAACUACAACUUCAACAACGUCAGCGUCAGCGUCAACGGAAAAGGAAACAUCAACUGCAAGUUCAACGUCGAAAUCGUUUGCAGAACUCCUCGAAACAUCAUCAACAACGCCAUCAACCAAACCGACUGAAGAGGAGGAGCACGAAAGAACACAACUCAAGGACUCAACAACCACGAUCAUCAACCAUAAUCGGGAACAUCAAAACAACGAAACCAUUUCCAUCUCCAACAUUAACGGCGAGAGUUUUCUGGAAGACAACCAUUUCAUCGACCACCAAUUGUUCCGUAAUAUUAUUAAGAUGAGCGAACAACACUCAGCUAUGCAACACCAAAUGAGGUCAUCCUUUGCCCUGGGUACCAAUGUGGUAGACUCAUCCGGUGGUCUGUUGCUCAAUCAGAAUCACGGUCUAGACUUGUAUACUCAACAGCAACACUUGCAACAUCAUCACCAGCAGCAGCAGCAACAACAGCAACAGCAAUUUCAACAACACCGUCAAUCGCCGCCGUCACCAUCUUCGCCGUCUUCCAUAACACAACAGCAGCAAUUAAGACAUUCCAUGUCAUCAUCGCCUUCGCCUAUUCCGUCGCCGACUUCCUCAUCGAUUUCUCAACAGCAGCAAAGUCAACAACUUCAACAACAACAACAACAACAGCAACAUCACCACAUGAACCACAUGCAUCAACAUCAACAUCAGCAGCACCAGCAACAUCAGCAACAUCAACAACAACAACAGCAGCAGCAAAAUUCCACAACAAUGACGCAAUCAAGUACGUCACCAUUUAAGUCCUGUUGGUGUUUUGGUGAGUCAGAUUGUUCUGGAAUUGAGGUUGAAAUUGAAAAUAAUAACAAUAAUUUGCAUCAUGGUGAUUCAACGUAUCACAUGAAGAUCUUAGUGCCUGCUGUGGCGUCUGGUGCCAUUAUUGGCAAAGGAGGCGAUACAAUUGCCUCUUUGCAAAAGGACUCUGGAGCUCGUGUGAAAAUGUCAAAAUCCCACGAUUUCUAUCCAGGUACCGCUGAACGUGUUUGCCUGAUUACUGGAUCUGUGGAGGGUAUAAUGAAUGUUAUAGACUUUAUCAUGGAUAAAAUCCGUGAAAAGCCUGAUUUAAAUACCAAAAUCGUAGACAUCGAUUCGAAACAAGCCCAAGAACGUGAUAAGCAAGUUAAAAUCUUAGUUCCCAAUUCGACGGCUGGUAUGAUUAUCGGCAAGGGCGGUGCUUAUAUUAAACAAGUCAAAGAGGAAAGUGGCUCCUAUGUGCAGAUUUCGCAAAAACCCAAAGACAUCUCAUUACAAGAACGUUGUAUCACAAUUAUUGGCGAUAAAGAGAAUAAUAAAAACGCCUGCAAAAUGAUUUUAUCGAAAAUCGUUGAAGAUCCACAAUCGGGCACGUGCCUAAAUGUCUCUUAUGCCGAUGUUAAUGGACCGGUAGCUAAUUUCAAUCCAACCGGUUCCCCAUACGCUUCAAAUCAAAAUGCUAUCAAUGCAAGUACGGCUUCGUUGAAUUCAACCCUGGGUCAAGCAAUGGGUGGUGCUGGCAGUGCUGCAGGAAUAUUAGUUAAUGGUACUGGUAUCAAUUUAUCAUUGAAUUUGGGCUCACCAAAUCCUGCACCUAAUCUAGCUGUGGCUACACAGCUUUUAGAACACAUUAAGAACACUGGACAAUAUCCUGGGAAUCUUAAGAUGCUAUAUGAUAUGUACGACAUGUACGACAGAUGUAUACCUGAGGCCUUUAAGUCCACUGCUGUUGCUAUGAGAGGUUCUGGUUACUCCGAACAAGCGACUACAGAAGUUUGUGCAGCAUUGGGUGUUCUCGCUAAAUAUGGUGUCCUUGGAAUGGGCGUUGGCGUACCACAUACCAAUGGGGCACACACAGCCUCUGUUGGAUACUUGGGUGUAUCAGCUUUGGAGCAAUCGGCGGCUGCAGCAACAGCAGCGGCAGCUGGUAAUGUAUUCGGUGCUGUUGGACAAGUUAAUUUGGAACAGUACACAGCAGCUGCAGCAGCUGCUGCUGCUGCCGCCCGUCCAACACAAUUGGAAGCAGCAGCUGCGGCCGCAGCAGCCCAAUUUGACCCACUGCGACAUUUUGGAUCACAAGCAGCCGCACCAAUUUCAAUGAAUAACAAUAGCUUUGGUUUGACAGCUGCUACUGGUGGUGCUGGUGGACAAUCACUUGGUGCGACGCAAUUAGGUGGACUUAGCAAAAGUCCAACACCUGGUGACUUGGGAGCAAAGGAUACCAAAAAUGUAGAAAUUCCAGAAAUUAUUGUUGGCGCUAUCUUAGGUCCAAAUGGUCGUAGUUUAGUUGAAAUUCAACACGUAUCUGGCGCUAAUGUACAAAUAUCUAAAAAAGGCAUAUUCGCUCCUGGCACUAGAAAUCGAAUUGUUACAAUAACUGGUCAACCGAAUGCCAUCGCAAAGGCACAAUUUUUAAUUGAACAGAAAAUCAACGAGGAGGAGAACAAGAGGGCGCGCCAAAUUCCAUUAACCACUGUUGUGAAUUAGAGAGAAAAUAUAUUAUACAAAUCCCGUGUGUAUGAUGGCUAUUUAUAUAAAUAAUUAUUUAAAAACAAAAAAGAAUUAGUAUAAAAAUCCAACUUUCUCACACACAAACACACACACACCAUACAUACACUUUCUUUAUAUUUUUAAUUGUUAAUAAUUUAAUCGUAAAGAAACAAAAACAAAAAAAGAAUUAAAUUAAAUAAAAACAAAAAUUUACCAUCUACACAGAGAAAUAUUCAAACGCAGUUUAAAAAACAAAUGUUCUAAGUAAAAAUUAAUAGAAAAACAUUAAAAAUAGUAAAAUUCGUAUAUAUUUUUAUGCACAUAGUUCAAUUUUUCAAUUUAAACAAAAAAUACUUAUUUAUAAACAAAAAAAAAAACAUUGAUUUUGUGGUACUCUAAUGAGAGUUAUAAAGAAGAAAUUAGUAAAUUUAAAACAUAUACAAAAUGUUUUAACAACAAAAGUCCACAAAUUCAAUUUUAAAAUUAAAAAGUAAAAGUAAAAUAAAAAAUGGUAAAUAAACAAACAAAAAAAGUAAAAAAAAAUAAAACAUUUCCAAUAAGUUGUGAAUCGAAACAAUUGUAACUUAGGUUUUUGUUUUUGACAGGAUAAAUUGUUUAUUGAUCUACUACUCUUUACUACUUACUUAUCUGUAAAUUUUUCUUAUUCGAAAAAAUGGAAAAAGAAAACAAAAACAAAAACAAAAUGUGACUUUUAAAAUGAGCGUUUUCAGUGAUAUCCUCAGAAGGAUGUUGUAGUCCUUUCUGUGUUUGUUGCAUAGAGUUAAUAAUACUAAAAACUAUAUUGUGAUUCAAGGUAAAUAAUAAUCAAUAUGCAUAUUAUAUGUUUACAUUUUUGCCUCGUAAAUUUUCUUUUCUGUUUAAUAUUAAUAAUAAUUUAGCGUAGGAAAUCGUUUUGUUUAAUUUAUUGUCCUUCCUCCUUUUAGAAUUACACACAAAAAAAGGAUAAACUAAUUCAUUUUUUUAAAUCUUUUUUUUCUUAAAAUUUAUUUUUUGUAGUGGUGUGAAUCCUUUUUUUGCAUUCCUCUCAGUUUGUUUCUUGCUGCAACAAAGAUAGUUAAAUUACACAAUUUGUUUAAAUUAUUAUACAUAUACAUAUUUUUAAAAAAAAUCUUCUCUAUAACGAAAUGGUGACUAACAAUAUUUUUAUUAAAAAUAAAUGAAAACAACAACUUCCACCCGCAUGCAGACAAUACCAUAAUAUUUUACCUGCUGCUCAAUUGCAUUAUAAAAUAAAAAUAAUGUUUAUGAUGAUGAUGAUUUAUUAUUAACAAAGGAUUACUUUGAUUUGUAUAACAAUUGGAUCGUUAGUGGUAAUGUGUGCGCGCCCCUUUUGUCUUAUUCAACUUGAUUAAGAGAGUAAAAGUUAUUUUACACAAAUUAAAAAAAGAAAAAACAACUAAAACUCUUAUAAGAAAUAAAUAACACAAAUAAUAAAAAACAAACAAAACAAUGCUGCAUCGAUUUCGAUUUCUACUUCCAAUUUAUUUUUACAUUGGCUUAUUUUCUUAUAUAUAAAAAUAAAUAAUAAUAAAUAAUUUCUUUUUUAAGCGUAUUCCGUGUCGCCAGCAGGGUAACGAAUACAUUUUGUUUAGAUUAUUAUUUUAAAUUUUAAUAAUGAUAAUAUUUCUUCACUCUCCUUAAAUUUCUUUUGUAUUACAACAAUAACGCCAUCACAAAUUGCUUAUAGCUUAUGAUUUUUUUUUUAUUUUUAAUAUUUGUUUUAAAUAGUUUUUAAGUUAAGAAAAUAGAAGAACAUAUUUUUCUUAUUCUUUGUGCAAUUUUAUAAUUUUGUUAAUUUUUGUUUGUUUAAAAUAAAAAUAAUUCGUUUUUGUUGCGCGUUUUAAGCAAAGAAAGACAUAGCAAAGUUAUAACUUAUAACAUUGUUACAUAUAAUUUAAAAAAAUUAAAACAAAAUACGGAAAAAAGACCAGGGUUAGCCUUAUUUUUCACUUCAUAAAUUGCUAGAUAUAUUUAGUAUGUCAUUAGAGAAAUAUAAUUUUUUUUUUAUUUUUAUCUUGUUACUAAAGUUAAAAACUUAAAUAUAAAAGAAAAAACCAUUGUAAAUUACCUACACACCUUUUAUUUUUAUAAAUUAGUUUUUGUUUUUAAUUCAUACACCACAGUUUUGUUGUUUUUAUUGAUUUUUUUAAAGAGUUUAUUAUUAAAUAUAUAUUUUUAUGUAUUAAAAUUAAAAAAAGAAAAAAAAAAUAUAAAUAAAUUUGUAUGUUUACAAUGCUAAUAGUGCUUGUUUUUUUGUUGUUGUUGUUUCGUUUACGGAAUUCUUUACUCCUUUUUUAUACCCUGCGAGAAUUUUCUUCUGUCUGAAAAUUAAAUAAAAAAUCAAAAAUUAAAAAAAAAUAAAAAUAAAAACACAUUAAACCAUUUCGCUCUCCAAAAAUCACAUGUAAUCAUUUGACAUUCACUGAAAACGCUCAUCAUCAGUUUUUAUUUUGUUUCUUAAUUCUGUUUUUUUCGAAAUCAUAAUAAUUUUGUUUCUUUGAUUAACUUUAAAUUUAAAUAUAUACAAUAGUUUAAAAUAUAUACAUAGUAAUAAAUAAAUACUAAAAACCAUUGUUAAAGAUUUUUAUUUUAUUUUUUGUUAAAGGUUAAUUGGAAAUACAUUUUAUUUAGAUAAAUGUAUUAAAGGUUUUAAUGUUUUGUUUAAAUAAAUAUAUGAAUAUACAUACAUAUAUUUACACAUCGUUAAAUAUUUUUUAAUUUUUUGUUUAAUUUGUAUUUGUUUAUUAAAGGUCGAGAUAAAAAUAAUUAUAAUGACAUGUGUGUAUAUAUGUAUACUGUGCAAUAUAUUAUAAAUAAUUUAUAUAUUUAAAUCAAAAACAAAAAAUAUUCCUUGUGUGACAAAAUAAAAAAGAAACAUCAUUUAUUGUUUUUUUCUGUUAAUUUUCUUAUAAGUUUUUUUUUAAUCGAUUCUUAUUUGAAUUGUGUAAAUUAUGAAAAAAAAUAUACAUGAUUUAAUAGGUGCAUAUAAAAACAUUGCUAAAAAAUCACAUCACAUCAAUUGUUAAACAUACACAUACACACACAUAUGUAUACACACUUUCAAAACAUUAUUAAUAAAUUAAUAAAAUAAAAAGCAAAAACCAAUAGCAGACUCACUUGAAUUUGAAAACAAAAAAAAAGAAUACAAAACAAGUGAUAACAAAAAAAUGAGUAUGAUUCGUGGGAUUUUCGAUUUUCGAUUUUAUUUUAUUUUGUUAAAAUUAUUAAAUCUAAAUUAUAAAAUAAACAAAAUUUAGAAACAAAAAAUACAUAUGCAUAGUUUUAGGGGGGAAAACACAUUAAUAAUGGCCUGAAUGUUUACAAAAGGCUUUAUUGGUACGGUAUCAUUUCAUUUUAAUAAAAGGCAUAAAUAUUGAAACAGAACAGAAUUUUCAUUUCAUAUUUAAAAAAAAGGAAACAAUUAUUUUAUUUCUAAAUGGAAUGUCGAAAGAUUUCCAACAGUUACCAUUUUAUGAAUUCAUCAAGGUUAAGCUGAAUGAAAACAAAAGGAGGUUAAAGAAGUUUUCCAAAAUUGUUGCAGGGAGAUAAUUGACGUUUUUUUUUAGGUAAGAACGAUUGAACCAUUGGCCGAAAAAUCUAUUUUAAUUGUCUAGGAUUGUCUCUAAAAUAAGUAACUGAAUAACAAAAGCUAUUUUGUUUUUGUGUGGUUUUAGAAAGAAUCGCACUAAGAAGUAAGAAUGGAAAGAAUAUGCUGCUUUAUUGGGAAAUUUAGCUACAAAAUUUCUUGAUAUUUCCAGAACUUAAGGAGGCUAAUUCAUUUUAGGUUUAAAGCGUAAAACUUUAAAUUUAAAUGGUGAUAUGGAACAAAUUUCUACAAUGAUAAAAAGUAGUCACAUGCAUAUGUUCUGCAUUUCACUUGUUAUGAAAGUGUAUUUGGAUGUUCCACAAUUCGUUAUUGUGAAUUAGAUUUUCGAACAUGCAAAUGGAUGUUCUGUAUUUUGCUUUGUUCCAUUUUUUUAACGCAUUCAAAUCACAUUUUUUAUUUCUGUGAUCUUUGAUAGCUUCCUUCUGCUAGGAAUCGGAGGGUUGCAGCAAGUUUUUGGACUGGAGAUAUUAAAAAGGUUCUAUUUCCCUUAGAACAUAUAAAAAAAGCGUCUUUACUAAAUCUAAAAUUACAAUGCAAGAAAUUAUACAUAAUUUUCACGCAAUAACAUUGUGUCAGGUAAAUCGAAUAUAUUUGAUUUGUCUCGAAAAAGUCGACCUCUUGAAUUCUGCUUACUUUUUUCAUUUGAAAUUGCCAAAAAUAUUGCAUUCAUCUUCAAAACAACUAACAUUUUACUUCAAAAAAAAAAUGGAUAAUUAUUCAGUUCUGACAGUUCAAAGCAAUUUCGAAGUUUUCGAAAUAGAUCGAAUUGAAGAACAUGGAAUUUCAUUUCACGUGAAAUUUAAAGUGAUUUCAAUUCUUUUUCGAUCGAAAUUCGGAACGUGGGCUAUAAAUUUGAAAAUAAAUCUUGUUCUUUUACUUUAUAUCAUUUUCGUACAGACAGCAAAAUUGGUCUCCAUGAAGAAUGAAUCGUUUGAUAAAAAGCUAUUCCUAGUUUAAUUUGUUGAAAUUGAUACAAAAUUUUGAUAGUUAGUGCUUUGGACUGUCAUAACAGAGGUCUUGGAUUCAAUUCCUGCCUAGCCUAUGCCACGGUUUUUCACGGUUACUUCGUCUUGCUAGGAAUCAACGUAUCUUCCAAGAGUAAUUCUUGUAAUGAAAAGUGCUUUCUCAAAUUAGCCCUUAGGAAUCGGCUUAAAAAUGUAGGUUCACUCAAUUCCUGACAACAUUACUUGCACACAGGAAUGGUGGGAGUUGUAAGUCACUAGGCCUGUCAACGGACUGUUGUACCACCUGUGAUUACGUUGAACUCACGUUCACUUUUAGCGCAAUAAAUACACAAUUUUGAAAAAGAGAGGUGAAGAUCAAAAAUAUUGUUAAAAGAACACCUACACCUUAAAGUUGAAAAAUAAAGUCCAAGAUGAUACCUUUUUGAGCUUUUCAUCCAACUAGAGUUAAGUACUAAGCACUCAUAUUGCAAACAAAUAUAUUAACUUUGAAAAUAUAAACAUGAAUUAUUAAACCCCUCGUUCUAACAGUUUUAAAUAAAUUAUUUUCAUUAUAAAUUUUUGUUUAACUUUGAAUAAUCUACGAUGAAUCCAAAUAUGUAGGCAAAAAGUUUCUCAGUGGUGAAUGUUGUCCACUACCAAGACAAUAUGUAUUAAGUUUCUAUUUAACUUCUUUUACGUCUUUAAAAACUACACUUUGAUAAUAAGCAAAUAAAGUUUAUAUUCAAAAUACGUAGGCCAAAACAUUAAGUAUUUAAUUCUUCUUCUCGAUCAAUAGAUUCUUCCAAUUAACUAAGCCGAGGUUUUAAAAAUAUUCUUUUCGACUAUAUGGCACAUUUGAAACAGAAUAAACAUAAUGAAAAAUUGUUUGUUUGUCAAAUAGUCUUGAAAUAAAUCAGUCGAUCAAUCCUUUAGUCCUAUUUUCAGGUACGUACAAGUAAAACGGUCUAAUGGAAAAUUAUUUUUUUUACCAAGUUUCAAUUUUAAAAUCUACUUUACAAACCAAAUCUUCCCUCAUUUAAUAUACAAAAACUUGUGCUUUAUAAUAAUUUUUAAAAAACAAAUUAAAAUCUUCCAACAGAAAAUCUAUACUUUAUUAAAAUUUGUUUUCAAAUACUUUAUUUUUUUUAAUUUAAUUUAAUUAUUCUAAAUUUUUAACAUUGACUUCAUUUUUCUAUCAGAUAUUGUCAUUUACAUACCAUCGCACUCCAUUUCAUAGCUCUUUUAUCACAAACAAAAAAACAAAAAUAAUUCAAAGUACUGGAUCUGUGAUAUGUAACUAAAAACAAAAAAAUAAAUAAUAUAUGUAUUUAAUAAAACAAAAUAAUAAAACAAGAUGGCAUAUACUUUCGAAAUACAUAAAUAUACAUAAAAUCAAUUUAGAAGCAACACAUUUUUACUUAUGUUGGUCACACAAGGAUGCUACCGUUAAACAUCGUUUACAUAAAGAAAAUAGAUAUUUUGUUAUUUUCAAUUUUGUUGUGUUAUUAAAAUAAAAUAAUCCAUUUUUUCUUAAUUUUAUUUAUCUUAUUUAAAACUUUAAUAUUUAACAAUCAAAUGGAAGUCGAUUAAACUUUUGUUUUUAGGAAAUAUUGUUAACAUAAACCACAUAAAUAUAAUAUAUAUAUAUAUAUCUAUAACUAUUUCAAAUAUAUUCAUGUAAUACAAUAAAUGAAACAAAAAAACAUACAUAUUUAUCUUAUAGGCUAAAUCGUUAUUAGCAAAUAGAAAUAGUAAACAAAAACAAAAAAUAUACAUUAAAUAUUAUAUGAAACAAAGUCAGUUACAGUUAGUAUGUAUAUUAUAAAUAAAUACAUGAAGAAAAAAGUUUGAUUCUUUGUUCAUAGCGUAAUAAUAAAACUUUUUGUUUUUAUUUUCUCAUAAAUAAAUAAAUAAACAAAACUAAUAAAAUAAUACAUUAAAAAAUUAGAUAAAAACAAAAUAAUUACACUUUUUCCAAAUAAUAAAUAAAAAAAAUAAACCAAAUAAUAAAUAGAAAUUAUUUUUUGAAAUACAUUUUUCUUUCAAAUAAUUUUAACCCAAGUUUAAAUUUCAAAUUUCAAAACAAAAAUACUUAAGCUGAAUUACACUUUUUCUAGUACCUUAAACAAUCAAUCGAGAGAUCCUAUCUUAAAAAAAGAAAAAGAAAAUAUAAAUUACAUUUCAGAACAAUAAGCAACCUUAAAUGAAUUUUUAUCUUAACAAAAUAAUUAAGAAAACUGAUUUGAUCCAAAACUAAAAUUCCCAUUCUCAAUACGAAUGUGAGCAUCAUAAAAAUAAUCAACCAACCAGAGGAAAAACUAAUUUCAAGACGUAGGUGUUUUAUAAAGUUUUGUAGAAAUUUUUUUCCGAAUAAACUUUAUUCCGAUCUCAUGGAAAGUAAAUAAAAUAAUAUAAAAUAUAUAAAAAUCUGCGUAGAUCCGUGAAGUAAUAAUUUUUCUUAAACAUAGAUUUAAAAGUUAUUCAAAGUUAUUUACAUUAUUUUCUUUGUCUUUUCAAUAACACAUCAAAAAAUUAUACUCAAAGGAAUUUCUUAUACAUUUUUAUAGGUUCUCUUGUAUUUAAAAACAAAAACAAAAAAAAAAAACAAUUAAUAAAACACAACUUGUUACAUCUAAUCAAUAAAAAAUCAUUAAAGUACCUAACUACGAUUUCCAUUGAUGCAAUUAAAUUAAUUAUUAUUAAAACCACAUCAUAAUUAUAUUAAAUUUAUAGCCCGUAGAGAUAAAACAACAAAAAAAAAUGUUUAAACGUAGAAAAACCAUAAACCAAUAUACAGUUAAAAUAAUAAUUUAAAAUAUUAAAUAAAAAAAUAAAAAUUAAAUAAAACUACUAAAAUAAAAAUAAAUAAAACAAAGAAGAAAAACUAUAAUAAUUAUUAUGUCUCCUCUACUAACAAUAGAAAAUUGUUUUGAGAUAAAUUAUUAAAAUAAAUGUAUUUACAAGAAAAUAAGAAAAUUAUAUUGCAUAUAUAUCUAUAUAUAUAUAUACAUACAUACAUGUAGAAUUAAACAAAAAUUAAAAACCAAAAAAUAAAACAAAACGAACGGGAAAGCAAAACAAAAACUGAAAUACAUCCUUUUAUUAGACGAAUAUUGCUGUGCAAUAAAUAACAAACAACACAAAUGGAAAACAAAUAAUUAUUCUUAUUUAGAAUUAAAAAAAAACCAAAAAAGAUAAAAUUAAAAAUUAGAUAGAGAAAUUGCAUGCAAAACGGCGUGCCUUUCGCCUUUCAAGUGGCGAGAGUGUUUUACAUAGAUAUUUAAUAUAUUAUAUAGCAACAAAAACAAACAAAAAAAAAAACAAAAACAAAAACAUAUUUACAUUCAAGAAAAUUACAUAAUAUAUUCAACACACGCAAGAAUCAAUCAGGACGCAAAAUUCAAAUUCAUUCAAAAACAGAUCCCCUUUUACAAAGCGCGUCCUGAUAAAUUUUUCUCGGCAUAUUUCUUGCCAUGUUUUCAUUUUUGUUUAUUCAUAGAAAGAUAUUCAUAAAUUAAAGUCAUAAUUAAAAAAAUACAAAAAUUUUAAACUUAUAACUAUAACUUUAAAGAAAAAUUAAAAAAUGCAUGCAACAUUAUAUCGUCAUUACAUAAGUACCUUUAGAAGAGUAAACUAAUUAGUAAAAUUUAAAUCCACUACAAGAAGCAAAAAGAAAAAAAAACCUUAGAUUUUACAAAAAGGAGUUCCUUUCAAAGAUUUAAACAAAUUAUAUAUACAUAUAAAUCUCUCUCUCCUAAUCUUGCAUACUUUCCAACUACUAACGGAGAUAAAAUUUUUCAAAAAAUUUGCCUAAUUAUCUUAAAAAUAACAAAAACAAAAUGACUUUAAUUCCAAAUUAGACAGGAGUUUCUUAAACCAGGAUUAAGGAGACAAACACCAAGACAAAAUUCUUGAAUCUUUAAAAGCAACAUACGAACUUGGAACAAGACGAAAUUUGCUCAAACCAUAAAAAAAUAAAGUAGGUACAUGUUUUCCAGUCUUUCAUAAAAUUAUUAGUAAAAAAAUGUCCUUGUUUUAGUUUUGAAUUUUUCUUUUUUUUCUUUAAAUAAAAUCAAUUACACAGUUGAAAUUUCGUACACUUCUUUAAAGGAAAAAAUAAAAUGUAGACGAAAAACAUCUUCAUGUUAAACAAAAAAUAAAAAUUAUUAAAAAUCCUAUUCUCACAUCACUCAGACUCAUAAUUGAAAAAAAAAAUUAAAAAAAACAUAAGAAAAAAACAACAAAAAUCUAUUAUGAUUCGACUGUGAUAAUAAUAAAAAACAAAGAAAACAUAAAUUUAAUUAAAAAAAUUAUAUAUAUACAUAUAUAUAUAUAUACAUGCAUAUAUAUACAAGUUUAAAUUUGAAUAGUAUUACGAAGAAAAAAAGAUAAUAAAUUUUAAUAAGAGCAGAAAUAAGUUUAAACAAAACAAAAAAAGAAGAAUAAAUAAAAUCAUUAUGCCGUCUUGACGAUCAGUUUCGAGAUGAACGAAAUAUGCGCAUUUUUUUGAAAAUAACUUGUUGAUCGAAAUGUGCUCUUAGGCUAUAAAAAUUAAAAUUACAACAAACAUAAAAACAAAAACAAAACUCGAAAGUUUUCUUUUUCUUAAAAAUUCACAGUAUAUAAGAUUAAAGAAAACAAAAAGAAUUAAAUAGAUUGAUAUGCAUAAGCAAGAAAUUAAAGAUUAAUUACAUUUUUAAUCAUCAACGAGUGCAAGGAAAUGUUAUAAACAAUUGCAUUGUAGUGAAAAUAAAGAAAAAAAACAUUUUAGUAACAUUUUCUUUAGGCUAUUCAUUUUGCAUAAUGCUAGUAAAUAAACGCCUAAUUAUUUUUGAUUUGCUUCGUUUUUUUUUAUUUUCUAAUAGUUUGUCUAUUCUAAAUUUUAUUUUUAUUUUUUUAAUGAAAAAUUAUUAGUUUUUUUUUGUUUAUGGCAAAUGUUGUGCUUUAUAUAUAAAACACAUGAUUCAAUUAUAAACAACAAAAUUAUAUUAAUAUGAUUUUAAUUUUUUUUAAAGCUGGGAAAGUUUUAAGAGAACGAUUGAAACUUAAGUUUAAACAAGAAAAUAAUAAAUGAAUUAAACAAGAAAACAAAAUAGAGAAAAUAUAUUUGUUAAAACUCGUACAUAUUUUACCGUAAUAAUAAAUAAAAUAUAUAAGUAAA